AUGAAUUAUAAAUACAGCUUCCUGCCCAGCUGGUCGUACGGACAGGGUCCAUUCCAAUGGCGCUUCAGUCGCAUGACAUAUUUCGCAACAGUCAUUUUUGUCACACUGCUUGUGUUUUCACUGGCCUACGUCUACGCUGAAGAACCUCCCUUUUGGCCGUCGGCACAAUCACCACCACAUUCCAGUAACGAUCACAAGCCGCCUGGAGCUCCGCAUGAUGAUGACCGACCCGGUCCCGACCUGGAGUACGGAGACGGAGACAUCCCUCUGGUUAAACCAAAGGAUCUGCGAGUGGUGGGAGUCAUCUUCUACGGCCGUCGCGACCGCUCGUCUAUUCUCGAAUGCUAUACCCGACAAAACCUGGUUUCCAACGGUGGCUGGCUCGACCAGGUGAUCUGGGCGCAGAAUACCGAUAACGAAGACGACUUGGCAUGGAUCGACACCGUCGCUGCGGCAUCGGAUGGGGGUUACAAGCUGGUGCGCAUUGAGAAUAAGGGCUAUGGGAAUGUCUACAAGGCGGCAUUCACGGAGCGGAAUACCAUCUACGUCAAGAUCGAUGAUGAUGUCGUCUUUAUCGAACCGCAGGCCAUUGCCAAGUCGGUUAUGACCCUGAUCAGCAACCCACAGGCAUUAAUGAUCUCCGCAAAUGUCGUCAAUAGUCCUGCCCUAGGCUGGUGGCAUUAUCACUCCGACGCGGCACACUCAUUCAAACCUGAAUUAAUUCCCAAGAACCCUGAGCUGGCUACUCGAGGCAACGGGAUGUGGAAGACCUCCGACCUGCCCUUUUGGGAUGGAGACGCAAGCUUGGACUUCAAGGAUUUCGAUAACUUCUCCAACUUUUUCCAUGUCACCGAGGAUGAGGAUAUUCCUAAACACCGCUGGCUCCCAACCUCCAAGGAAAGCGAUAUUUACAGCUCGAGCAUCGCCGCCACCGAUGCCGAGGGUGGCCCGCAUCUGACGAAAUGGCAGAUUGGCGCGCAGAACCAUUACUCUUUUUUCACAAACCUCGAGAACGGCGAGCUUGGCAAGUACGGCAUUUCAAAAGACUAUGGCAAGGGUACUACCUGGUCCAUGCGCAAUCACCGACUGAGCAUCAACUUUAUUGUCAUGCAUGGCGCUGAUGUGCUUGACUACAUGGAUGUGAUUACAGCCCAUCCACACGGCGACGACGAGCAUCAAUUGACUGUCGAAAUGCCCAUAACGCUCAACCGACCUGUCCUCGUUGAAUCGCACUCUAUCGUCUCUCAUUUCUCGUACGGCCCCCAGAGGUGGCUUCACAAAACCGAUAUACUAGAGCGCUACUUCAACUACGCAAACGAAAACGUAUGCCCGGGCAAGAGCCUCGUCGAUCCAUUGAGCCCGAACAUGAAGGUCCCGUCUAGCCUAUCGUCAGCAUCAAAAUACCCUUCUAGCCCGUCUACAUCGCGUGUGCGACGAGGCUAUCGCAGAACAAACGAUAUACAAUGA